AUGGACAUCCUCAUUUUCCUCGCCGAGAUUGAGGGCCACCACCCUGUCGCCGUCGCAGUAGACUCCGGCGAAGUUGCAGGGAUCGCCGGUGAAAUCCCAAGAGGGGAAGUAAUUCGAGCCAGGCAGAUCGGAGAGGCCCUUUCGAAUCGAUUGGAGCAAAAAUUGGGCGAAAAGUACGAUAACCGUGGGGAAGCUUCAUCGGCGGCGGCAAACGUGGUCGAAGAAGCUCAGGCAAUGGUGAAAUUCAAAGCACAGUCGAAGAAGGCCCAAAAACGCGGAGUGGACUUCAAAAAAAUUAAGCGGAAAAUCGGCAGGAAAUUGCCGCCCCCAAAGAAUGCUACAAACACUGAAAUAAAAUCUAAAGCGAUAGUACUUCCGGAACAAAGUAUAGUGUCUGAAAAAGCUGGGUUAGCUGUCAGCAGAAAGGGAUUGACACUAAAGGAGCUUCUUCAGCAGACUAGCCAUCACAAUGGGAAAGUCCGAAAAGAUGCAUUGCUAGGUAUGAAAGAUAUACUGCUUAACCACCCAGUUGAGCUGAAGUUGCAUAAACUUUCUGUCAUAGAAAAACUGCGCGAACGCAUUGGUGAUGAUGAUAAAGUGGUUCGUGAAACACUUUAUCAACUUUUUAAGUCAGUAAUUUUCCCUGGAUGUGGAAAAGAUAAUCAAGGACCAUUAGUUUCCUUGAUGAUGGCGUAUAUUUUUAAUGCUAUGACCCAUUUAGCACUAGAUGUUCGCUUGAUGGCUUUCAAGUUUUUCGACCUUAUCGUGCAAUUUUACCCCUCUUCAUUUUUCUUAUAUGCUGAAAAGUAUAGAGUAGUAGAUUCGGGGGAAAGGGGGUGGUCUCAUGGAGGUGAACUGCACCAUAAGAAGGCAAGCCUAGUUACCACAUUGAUUCUCCAAAACUAUGAAGAUAUAUUACGGAAGAACCAAUUUGUAGAGGAUAAGAGUAAAUUGAAGAGCAUUCUCGCAGGAUUGAUUCGCUGCUUGUCGUUGUUGCCUUGUAAUCAUAGAGACCAGGCUGCUGUUGAAAAUGAUGUUCCAGCCCAUGACAUUCUUCACGCUUUUGAGUCUGACGUUUCCAGAGAAUCUGUUGGGCUUCCUGAAAUUGUCAAGCCAUUGAAAGCUCUUUUGCCCAUUCUAGUUGGCUGUUUCCAGGAUUUCAUUCCCUUGCUGCAAAGCAGCUACCAACUAGAUCUGCAGUCCUUUGAUUGUUUGCAAAUUAUACUUCAGAGCGUUGAUCUCAUGGUCAGGUUUCUGGCCAUUGGGAUUUGCAAAAGUGAACCUGAUCUGCAAAUUCCUCUGCCAUUUCAGAAGACGGGUAUGAACGCAUGUGAUCAGUUGAUAUCACCAUUGAUGUUAAAGAAGUUAUGGGAUGUUUUUCCCCUCAGCCUAGUUCAUCAUCUCUCAGGAAAGUUGAGUAACUGGGACCAUGCACCAUAUGCUUUGUUUGAAAAGUUUCUGGAGUUCAUCGAAACUUCACUAGCUACAAAGGUGCAAUCGGGUAAAGUGUUUCAUGAGAAACACUUGCUUCCGCUGAUACCUUACAUUCCGAAACUAACAGUAAAAGUUUCUGGUGACUGGAGGUCUCGUAUUCUAAUGGCCUUCACCGAGGUUUUCAAGAACUCCAGCCCAGAAUCUGCAAUGAAAUUAGCUUGCCUUUCUGCAGUUGAAGAAAUGCUUGCCCCUGAAAGGAGCUUGCUUUACCUUGACACAGAUGAUCCAACCUUGUUCGACUAUCAGAUUGCAUGGAUACAGUAUCUCCCUUCACUGCUAAUUUUGUUGGAUGAUAAAAGCCCAUCAUGUUCGAAGGCUGUGUUGCGUCUUCAACUUCGCAUUCUACAAGGUGCUCCGGUUAACUCCCCAUUCUCGCAGGAAUUUGACACUAUGCAGUAUAGUUUUAAAAAAAUUUUCAGCCAGCAAAUUGAGAAUGCCAUAAGUUAUGGUCCCUUCAUGAGGCUAGCAGCAGAUAUUCAGGAGCUUGCGAUAUGUUGCCUUUAUUAUAUAUCUUUCAUGGAUUCACAGCUUUUGCAGUCACUAGUCUCAUGUUGCUUAUGUGAUAAUGUUGAUAGAAACUUGGUUGUGCGUAUCAUAGAAGUUCUCCAUUCGGCUUAUAGAGCUGGACAUAUCCAAGUUGCGGACUAUAUAAGUUUCCAUGUUACAUUACUCGCGCGGUUCCAAGUUACCAGAACCCUCUGUGCAAACGUGAUUUCUUUUUUACUUUGUUUUCUUUAUGUGCUUUUUAUGGGAAUAGCAUUGGGUUCACAAUAUGGAAUUUUGAAGAAAUUGCUUUGUAAAAAUAAUAGUACAGAAAAAGGCUACCCUGCUGUGAAGGAUAAUCAGAAGCCAAAUUGGAAAGCAUAUAAAUCUAUUACUUGCAUGGUCUGCUCAUGUUUGUCGCAGAUUGGAGAUGAUUGUCUUAUUUUCCAGAUGAUGGAGAAGAUAAUUGUUGAUCAGCUAUGUGGUCAAACACCAUUGGACAAUAAAUGUGCUUUCCUCAGAUUGCUCACCACUCUAGGCUCCAAAAAAGCUUCACUUUCUGAUCAGAGUAUUGUCAGCAUAAGUUCUGUCCUUCCGAAAUACUUGACUGAUGUUGUGUCAAACGUGGGAGAAGGUGUUCACGAGCCAACCGCAGUUAUGAGCGUAAAAAGAAGACAUUACUACUUACUACCUGUCUUUUACCUGUUUUAUGGAAGUAAAAGAUUACUGAGUCUUGUGUUAAAUUUGAUGGGAUUUUGGAUUUCUGAGUCCAGUUCAUCAGGUGGGUCCCACCAUCAUAUUCAUCCGUCGGGCGAUCGUUCAACUGUGGUAUGUGCAAUUGGUUCUGUACUCUCUCACAUGUAUAAAGAUGUCAAGAUCAGACCAAUUCUAUUGUCGUGCAAGAUUGAGAUGGAGACUAUGGUGCAGAAUUUGCUCAAUUUGCUGUCUUCUGAAGAAACAAAUUUGACCUUGGAGGAAAGGCACAAAAUCCAGACAACCUAUGGUCAAUUGAAAGCUAUGUCCAACAAUGACGAGAUCCAACAUUUCUGACUUGGGAUAAGCCAUGAACUAAAACAUUUCAGUUUUGCUUCAGAACUCAAAUCAACAUUGGGCACACAUACAAAGGAUCAAAUGGGUGCCUUUUGUGGGUCGAUUUCUCAAAUUGGACAUAUAAGUUGGCUCGUACGAAACCAAGAUAUCUCACAAAUGGUUCUCAGCGAUCUUUCUAGGCCCACAUUUGAAGCUGUCUUCUAGAUAUCUGCAAAAGAGCAAAUUUUUGUUAGUGAUUAAAAUUGAACAGCAGAAAUUAGCUAGAAAGUUUUGAGUUUUAGAUGAAAUUCACUUGUAAUAUUGUGUAAGUAAGCGGCAGACCGGCCAGAAUUAAUGCUAGUGUUGUAAGAAUUAACACAUGCUCAUCACCAUUACAAAAGGUAACAGGGUGUUGAAAUUAUUAAAAUCAAAGAGAGGAUUUUUUUUUUCCUUAAAUUAAAGACGAUCAAUAGUGGUUCUCCACUUACCUCCUUGGGUGAAAAAUUAAA